UUGGAUUUUAAUAAUUAGCGUCGAAUCUCUUUGCACAGCACAGCCCUCGUUUCCCAUCCCAUCGUCCUCCUCCCUUCACCCUCUCUUCUAUCUUCUUUAUCAACUCGCUUCUGGUUGCCCUAAUUUUUCUCAGCCUUUCUCGCCAUUUCUUUCGUCUUCUCGCCCCCAUUAUUUUCUCGGCAAAAUGGCAAAUGCAGCAUCCGGGAUGGCUGUGCAUGAUGAUUGCAAGCUUAGGUUUCUGGAUUUGAAGGCCAAAAGAACCUUCCGUUUUAUAGUAUUCAAGAUCGAAGAAAAACUGAAGCAGGUUGUGGUGGAAAAGCUUGGCGAGCCAUCUCAAAGUUAUGAGGACUUCGCUGCCAGCCUCCCUGCCGAUGAAUGCCGAUAUGCAGUCUAUGAUUUCGAUUUUGUGACUGAAGAGAAUUGCCAAAAGAGCAGGAUUAUAUUCAUUGCAUGGUCUCCUGAUACAUCAAAGGUGAGAAGCAAGAUGAUUUACGCAAGUUCCAAGGAUAGGUUCAAGAGGGAGUUGGAUGGCAUCCAAGUGGAGUUGCAAGCAACUGAUCCUACCGAGAUGGGGCUUGACGUUAUUAGAAGUCGGUCGGGGUCGGGUUAAGUCAUUGUGAUGCCAGAGCUGGUGGUGUUCAUAGAUUGUGGGCUCCAAACUUGCCUUUUAUGAUGCUAUAUGAUAAUAUUGGCUUGUUCUUAAGAGGUUUUACCUAAGAAUUUAAAGGAUGACUGUUCUUUGGGUUUGGUGGAUUUUAGUUGGAUGGAUAUUUAUGAUAUGCACAGGGUAAAUAUGGAUCAAUGCCAGUUUGGUUUUAUCAGGAGAACCACUCGGAAUAAUUUUCAAUGA